CUUAAAUUUGUCGGUGCAAACGGCCAUGAGUGUGAAUAAGUGCGUGCAAAUAUAAAUAAUAAAUUGCACGGCCUUCAACAAAGGAAACGUCACAAAACACACGUUUCCUGGUCUACAACAGACGUGAAGUUGCUUUCAAGUAUUUCCCAGUGAUGCCAAUUCCACUUUCAUUGGCACCAAUACAUGAUUAGAAUUGGGUAUAAAAAAAUUGCCAAAUAAAUUGCAUAGUGUAAUCAUUGCAUCUUUUUGCAAUAAUUGCUGCAAUAAUAGCAGCAAUAGUUGCUGCAAGGAUUGGAAUAAAAAUUGCAUCGUUUAAUACGGCCUUAACCCUUGACAGAGCGUUUUACGAGAGCUCUUUUUAACCAGGAACACUAAUUAGGCGAUGGAAUGUCUUCAGAAAUAGUAGUUCGAGUUGCCAAAAGUAGUUCAUAUUACUUACACCAUGUGGGCUGUUAGAACUACCAGAUUUAAAAAAUUUUAGGUUAGUAAGGGCGCUAUUUUUCCGCAAUGUAGAAAAAUGUAGUUUUUUGAAACUCAUUGGAGCCAUCUCAAUUGUUAAACGAUGUGUUAAUUAAAGAAUGGUUGCGGUGUCAUUCUUUGCUAAAGCCCGCGUCUAAUCAAUUGACAUAACCUCAAUCGCCAAGAUAAGCAAAACUAUGUACGAUCGCCGCUGUUCCGAAGCGAAGAAUGUGAACAGCCCACUAGAUGAGAUCAGCGACGAGCUCGAAGUGCUCUUCGGGCACGAAACUCCUUGUAUCGCUUCGAAUUACGAGGAUUUAUUCGAUCGCACAUACCAGAGCAACUUGGUGCUGCUCGAGGCGGACGUCCUCUUCAACAAGCUGCUAAGGCACUGGGUGCAAUUGGAAGAGACCGUUUUGGAAGACUCGCAUUGGCCCAACUUAAAUUUCCGAGAGAUUUCUCGUCAGAUCUGUCGCACAUUGGAACUACUUCGUUACUCGUUCGGAGCGUUCUACAGGGAGGACCGACAGAGCGCGGUCGACGGCGUGUUAAAGUACACCAAGCUGCUGGGGGUGGCGGUCAGGCGAUGGAGCUCCAUGAACGAGCGUCUGUUGAACAAAAUAGUGUCCAACGCCGUGCUCGACGAGAGCCUGCCCAACUAUCACUACUUCCACACGUACCUCGACAUGCAGUGGCUGAUUUUAACGCUGGAGCAUUUCUCGGGAGAGGGCGUUCGCAAUUUCCACACUUUGAUUAACGAUUUGAUCACGGUCGCCGCCAGGGUCGGAUGCGCCUUUAUCUGUAGCUGCACGAAACGUCUCUGGUUGCUCUUGCAGUACUACGCCGAGAGAUCGCAACGGUUCGUCUUCUGGCAGAGCUUCAACGACGCCCUACGCGACCACGACGAAGUCUUCGUCCUUCGGCUGCUGUCCGACGUGUCCGUCUUGCAGGGCUAUGACGAUAACGCUCGCUACGUCGGUCCCGGCCACGCCCGCGUCCGCGAGAACUACGCGCUGAUCGAAAGGACGCUCAAGUCGCUCAACUCCAAGUGUAACGCUAGCGCGACGCACAACGGGCUCCUUUUGGAUUGCUGCUCGACCAUCUAUCCGUUGCUGAGCAGUUGGUGGACGGACGUCGUCAAGUCGGAGCCCUACCAGAUCCUGUGGGAGAUUUUUUACAAGCACAUCAACUUGGCGUUCACCGAACCGGCGGUCGAGUCGGCCAGCGAGCUUGUCGACGUUGUCGGUCACAUUUCGCCCUCGUCGACGGACAGCUACGAGUACUUCUUGUUUAUGCUGAAGGCGUACCUCUCCGAGCAUCCGGGCCAGUGGCAGAGGAUACGCGGUCGCAUCUACUCCAAGCUGCCGAACAGCAAAGUGAAGGAGCUGACCAGCGUCGGCCUGUACAAGAUCGCGCUGCUGUUCCUCGCGUUGGCGAACGGCGAGAAUCUGCCGGAAAUCGCCGAGAAACUCAUGGCCCUUCUGCAGAACUUGCCCCCCGACAGUCUCACGAUCCACAUCCAAAUCGCCCUGGCGAUUCUACACGCGCGCGCCGGAAUGUCGGUACGCCCCGUUUGCCUGCCCCUAGUCGCCUCAGUUGAACAGAUCGUGGAGGCGCGAGAGAAAUUUAACGUGAUCCGGGCGUACGUUGACGGUUUCGAUGGCGUCUUUAAAGCCGGCGGCGAUUACUCGCUGCAGCAGCACGUUAUGAUUAGCAAGUGGGUGCAGAGGUACUUAACGGCCUGCUCGUUUACCGACUUGUGCUACUUUCUCAACAUUUUAUCUUGCAAUGUGAAGGUACUGAGAAACGACUACCACUGGACCGAAUGGGAGCCCGUACUCAAGCAGCACGUCCUACCUGCCCUGAAGUCGAUCGCGACAUCGUCAAAUUGCCCGUCGCAGGUGGGGACGGUAGCGGCACUAAUCGACUCCAACUUAUCAUCGGACUACGUUUUGAUCUUCACCUCGGACCUCAUCGCCGUCAACGUCACGUGUCAGUACAUGAUUACGCUGCUGAGUGACAUUCCCGAGUAUCACUGCGGACUGUCCAAAAAUCACGAAACGGCGAUUCUGCACGCGUGGACCCGCUGCUGUCUGCUGAACUGCGAGGGAAUCGCCGCCCUCUCGCAAUACGUCACGAAAAUUGGCGCGUUGCGCGAGGCGUUUGACCUCACGAUAAACCCGCGCAAUCCGCUCUGCAGCUGCAUAUCGUCGCUGAGCAGGUGCACCUCGAAAUUGGUCAACCAAAGGGAAAUCUGCGAGCAGUGCUUCGGACGCCUCGACAGUUGGAUUUUGCCGCUUCUAGCGUCACCGACGUCCGAACCGGCAACCGUUCACAUCUACACCUGCAUAUCGCUCCUGUUCUUCCAGUGCGCGCAGUUCUUAUACCACAAGAACCGCUCGAGUUGCCUCCUCAAUCGUCUAGUCACCUUCUUUCUGCUCUCAACGAACAUCCUAAUCGGCAAAAAACCGCACGCGUACGUCCUGAGUGCGAUUCAGCGCACCUGGCACUUGUUCAUGCAGGGAAUCUUCUGCCUGGACGGCAGCAACGACGCGUACAUCGAGCGGACCUUGCGCGAUCUGGUGGCCCGCUACCUACCACUGCUGUCGACCGACGACUCGCCGAUUCUAAAGUGCCUGGGUAACGAGCGACUGGCCGCCUUUAUUUUCGAACGCAUUUCCGCCAGCUUCCUCUCGCACACCUCGCGCAGUUCCGAGAUGAACACCCUGAGGGCGCUCAAGCUCGUGCAGCUCGCCCUCGAGCGGGGCGGCGCCACCGACCUGAUCCUCCAGGCCGCCCUACCGGCGAUCCUCGAAGUUCUCAUAUUCAACAACAACAAGGGCACCGCGAUCGAGAUAGUCAAACACGUCGCGCUACCGGAACAGUCGGAGGGCCAGCAGUUGAGGUCCGCCUUUAUCGCGGUCACCGAAAAACAUUUGGCGUUCAACACGAAUCAGUAUUUUCAGUUUGCCAAUUCUCUCGCGAAGGUUAUACCGAACGUGAUGCCCAAGCUUUUGCCCGGCAUUAGGAAACAGGUCGUCGAAGUGGAGCGCAUGCGCGGCGUCGGGUACGACAACACGCUGCGGCAGGGCUUGGAAAGGCUGGAGGCCCUUUUGAAAUCUGAAAAAAAAAAAGGCAAAGCGCAAUACUGUCCUGGUUAAAAAUAUACCACUGGGAGGUUUGGAGGGUAUGGAAUAUCUCCCAAUGAAUUUGAAAGAAGAUCAUCAAGUUUCUCUUUGCUGAACAGUAAUGUUCACAGGGGGUCACAGACCCCCCGGUUGUACAUUUUUAAACAAAGCAAUCCUGCCUGGCUACCUAGAGAUUCAAAUGGCGACGGGACGACACCUGUGCGGACCUCGCGUUACACGCGUCAAAGUAAUUUCAAAGCUUAGGGGUCAAUGAGAGGCUCCUUCACCGAGGCCGUAGCAUGUUCAUCCAUCAUCUUUUUAAACGACACUGUGCUCACGAUGUAUGUAUCAGGAGAAUAUAAUGUCUGAGGAGGUGAUUAAACAUUAGGUUAAAGUUUUAGUGAGGUUAGGUUAGAGUGGUAGUUAGGUUUGGUCAGGAAUC